GAGAAGCAGGAAAAAGCGGGGAACCUCUGGGUCCUGGAAAGGCAGCACAGCCAGGCAGGAAACGAGCUCGCUCUGCCCUUGACUCCUGGCUACUGACGCGCUAGCCGCGGCACUGGGCAGAGCUCAUAGGUGCAGGUUGCAAAAUCCCAUAGGUUGUACCCCUCCCGUCCCAUGUAGGCGGAGGAGUCAGCCGAGGGGUGGGGAGCCAGCAGGCAGUCCCCAGGGGAUGCAGGCUGACGAGGGAGAGGGGAGCCAAAUCCCUUCUUGCAGCCUCAUCCUGUUCCCUUCCUUCCCACAGGGGCAGACCUAUGGGCACCCCAGCCUCUGUGGCAUGCGACCCCCUGCAGUGCCAGGUUCCUGAGGCCCGUGCCCGGAAAAGAGCUUCUGCCAACAUCUUCCAGGACGUGGGGCUGCUGCAGCUGCGGAGCCUGUUCAGGAGCAGUGGGGAUGAGCGGGCAGAGGAGCGUGCCCAGCUGGUCUGGGAGUACGGGGGCAACCGGCGCACAGCCCAAGCCCUGCGCCAACUCAGGAGCAGGCAGAGGAGGUGGUGGCAGCAGCCAUCCCAGCUGAGCCCAGCAGCUCAGGACAGCAGCAACCCAAGGCUAGAGGAGUGCAUCUCCCCCCACGCACACCCCGGCAGCAGCACGAGGCUGGAGGGGCCCAGCAGGGACAGGCAGUGCCCUGGCGCCAGGAAGAAAAGUCCAAGGACCAGGUGGAGGAAGAGGGGGCCAGGGCCCAGAGGGUACCUGCACCAGCUCCAGCAGUGAGUGGGGCAGCUGGCACUGGGAGCUCCCAGCUGCCUGGCCAGGCUCAGCCCCACAAACUGGCAGAGACGCAGGGGGCGUGUGUGUGAAUUCUCUCCCCGCUGGCUAGAGCUGGGCCAAGCAGCUGCAGAUUCCCCCACUUCAUCCCCCAAUUGGUGAAGGGAGAGGGGAUCAGAGACAGGGAGGGAGGGGUCCAUGGGGGGAGCAGCCAGCAGAGGACAGCUGCAGCCUGGGCUGUGAGAGGGCCUUUGCAGCCCCCCUCACUCCCCCAAUCCAACACUAACUGCCCAGAAGGCCCUUUGGUCAGGGGCCAGGGCCUCUGGCACCUGAGUGUUGCUGAGCCUUGGGAGUGACUCCAAGCAGGCAGCCUUUCCCCCACCCCCAGCCCAGCUGGGGGUAUGUGUGGGGCAAGUGUGUCACUCAGCCCCAGAGCUGGCUUUCUAGGGUGCCAAAGUCCUAUAGGAGAGCCCCAGCCUCCUAGGGGCAGCCCCGAGCCUCAGCCCUAGGAAAACACUUGAUGCUUGUCGCAUACAGUGGGACAAACUGUGUAAUAAAAGCCUGCGCAUGACCUGGCUGUGCUGCUAGG